AGAAAAUGAAGAAUAUAAAAGCGAAGAAUAGAAUCGUUACUCUCAUUUCGUCUCCGUUCUCGUCACACCAAUUUCAACAUUCUUGAUUUCACCAUCUUGGUUUCAAUGGCUACAGUGAGAAAUCUGAAAAUUAAGACUAGUACAUGCAAACGGCUUGUGAAGGAGCUAGAUUCUUACGAAAAGGAAGUUCUUAGAGAAUCUGCCAAGACAGCUGAUAUGAAGGACAAAGGUGCUGACCCUUAUGAUAUCAAACAACAGGAAAAUGUGCUGGCUGAGUCUAGGAUGAUGGUUCCUGACUCUCGGAAGCGUCUGGAGACUGCUCUGGAAGACUUGAAAGGAACAUUGGCCGAGUUGUUGAAGGAAACAGAUGAAAAGGAAGGCACUGAAAUUGAUGAUGCUCGAAACACCAUUGUGGAAGUUGAAGAGGUAUUAGAAACUUAGCAAAGCAAUUUCACUAGUGUCUUGGGUCGAGAAUAUUGUGCAUGUAUUAUAUAGUUUCUCCUUGAUAUUCAAAAACCGAUCCAUACUGAAAAGGUUGUAAAAUUUGUGACAUUUAACCUUACAUAGUCAAUGUUUUUGUGGAAUCUGGAAAUUAAAAAGCUUGUAACA